AUGUCAAAACUGCAGCUUACGAUGAGCGAAUUCCAAGAGAUUGAUUACUGCAGCAUCUGUUGGAAACCCUACAACGAUCCCUUCAUCCUACCUUGUCAGCAUAGUUUCUGUAUGUCCCCUUGCCUUGAAAAGGUCCUCCAUGCUGAGGAGGUUAAGUGCCCCGUCUGCCAGCAACCCUUCGCUCUCUGUGACAUUAAACCCUUCCUCCAUCCACUGCUCGAGGAUCUAGUGCAACAGCUGUCCGACAAGUGCGCUUUCUGCGCGUUGUGUGAGACAAUGGUUGAAGAUGGAGAAAGAGACCUACAGUCCUCAACCAGGGCCAGUGGACUCGUUUGUGCAGAAUGCGCGGCCAAGGAGGCUAUGUUGCAAUCUUUUGACAAAACUGAAGAAAAGAAGUAAGGACUUGACUUCGAAACCAACGUUUUCAGACAACUGCCGGAUCCCGAAAUGGAUACGAGUUCCAUCGGGUCACCGCAGCGCGGUGGGCAUCCAUCGUCGUUCGAUGCUGUUGCCUCUUCUAUUCAGCCUGUCAAGCUGUCGCUUCGGGCAACUGUCUGUUCACUUGAUUAG